AUGUGGGUGUUUGGUUACGGAUCUUUAGUGUGGAAAGUGGAUUUCAACUAUGAAAGCAAAGCUGUAGGUUAUAUUAAGGGUUAUCUCCGAAGAUUUUAUCAACACAGUAUUGAUCAUAGAGGAAUACCUGAAAAGCCUGGUAGAGUUGUCACCUUAAUUCCAAGUGACGAUCCAAACAGUCAAGUGUGGGGAGUAGCAUACAAGAUACGGAGUGAGGAUAUAGAACAAGUAACAAAACAUCUAGAUUAUAGAGAAAAGAAUGGAUAUUCUAAGAAAACUGUGAUAUUUCAUGCAAAGGAUGCUAGCUUAAAACCAUUUGAAAUAACUUUAUAUGUUGCGACAAAGGACAAUGAAUCUUUUGCAGGUCCAGCUCCCAUUGAAGAUAUAGCAAAGCAAGUGAUAAGUUGUAAAGGUCCUAGUGGCACUAAUAAGGAAUAUGUAUACCAUUUAGCAGAGGCCAUGCGAUUAAUUGCACCUGGUGUGGAAGAUGAGCAUCUAUUCUCCUUAGAAGCAGCCUUAAAAAAAUUGAAUUCAGAUAAAUUGCAGCAUGAGUUUGAGUAA